CUUGAGUGCGGCGUCGGGAGCGAGUGCGUGUUUGCGUCACUGCGGCGGAGGAGUGGUGACGAAAAAGAAGCAGAUUUCCGAAGGCCAUGGCGUACGCUUACCUCUUCAAAUACAUUAUCAUCGGAGACACCGGUGUUGGGAAAUCCUGCCUUUUGUUACAGUUUACAGACAAACGGUUUCAGCCAGUGCAUGAUUUGACGAUUGGUGUAGAAUUUGGUGCUCGUAUGAUAACAAUCGAUGGAAAGCAGAUCAAACUUCAGAUAUGGGAUACUGCUGGUCAAGAAUCUUUUCGUUCAAUCACUCGGUCGUACUACAGAGGCGCAGCAGGAGCUUUAUUAGUGUAUGAUAUUACAAGGAGGGACACUUUUAAUCACUUGACUACUUGGCUUGAAGAUGCACGCCAGCAUUCCAAUUCAAAUAUGGUCAUCAUGCUUAUUGCAAAUAAAAGUGAUUUGGAAUCCAGAAGAGAAGUGAAAAAGGAAGAGGGUGAAGCAUUCGCUAGGGAACACGGGCUUAUCUUUAUGGAAACAUCUGCAAAAACUGCUUCUAAUGUGGAAGAGGCAUUUAUUAACACAGCAAAAGAGAUUUAUGAGAAAAUCCAGGAAGGAGUAUUUGAUAUUAAUAAUGAGGCAAACGGCAUUAAGAUCGGACCUCAACAUUCAUCUCCAGGAGCAUCAAUGGGAUCACAUCUUGGAGGACAGCAAGCUGGUGGAGGGUGCUGUUGAAGGGAUUCUUUAUCAAAGGAACCUGCACAAGGGCCUGUCUACUUGUUAAUUUUCCUUAUCUUCUCCCAUCCAGUCCAGCGGAACAGAAAUGCGAAGCUGCUGUUUAACAUUUUUUUUGUGUCCUACAAGACUUUAAACUUAUAAUUGAAAGUUAAAGAAAAAAAUAAUUGUUCACUUUAAAAAGAAAAAAAAAAAAAAACGAUUUUGGAGAUUGUAUUCAUAUCUAUUUGCUUUUUGAUUUCUAGGUCCAUUUAUUGUGAUUAUUUUUUAAAUGUUGUCUUGUGCCCCUGACUACAAACUGAAUCGUAUUAAACACUAAAAAAUGAGUAUUUUAAUUGGUUUGUGUAGGUAGGAUUCCCAGCUUCUGUGAUGACCUGUUUAAUAUUGUAAACUUGUCCUAAGGAGUUUGUCACUUUUUCCACUUUCAAAAAAAGCAGGAUUAUUUUUAAUUCUGUAUUUAUCAUUUACUUUCUGUAUAUAUAGUGUAAUAACAUGCUUGGGUGUAUUUUCCAAGCUAGACUUUGAAGAAUUUACAUUAGUUCUAUGCUGUCUAGAGCUUACAACUUAAGAAGGAAUUGCAUUAGGCUUUGCUUCAGUGCUGAAUUUUAAACAUAUAUGACAUUAUUUGCAUGCGUUCAUCUUCCCAUCAUUCCCUGUCUCGCAAAUUAUAAUGUACAUUCUUAGAUACUAUCUAUGUGUUUACCUAAUUUAAUGCCAAAUAUCUAUUGUUUGUUCAUCCCUCUGAAAUUGGUUAGUGGUUUGCCUUAAUGAAUACACUCAAAAAUCAGAUAUAAAAAGCAGUGACUUUCACUUGGAAACAACAAGAACUUUACUUUGAGGAUCUCCAUUGCUUUAUUUCUACCUGCCUGGAUUGUAGGUACUGUAUAUUUCAUAUGGGUCUUUUGAUGUACUGUGACUGUGUAAGCCUUCUCCCUUUUAAUAACAUGCAACCCUAUCUAUUGUAAGCAUAUUGUCUUGUGCAGGGCAUGUGGUAAGCCGUACAGAUUGAAGGCCCUGCUUCAAGCCAACAUUUUUUCCCUUCUCUGUUUAAACAAAACGGUUCCAUCAGUGCAAAAGUAAAUAUCUGUUUUAAGUUUUAUCUUUUCAUUAUCCAUAUGAUAAAUUGACAGUCACAAAACAUCAGUGUUCUGCGGUUGUACAUGCAAUAUGAAUGGAUUAUGCCUAGGCUACAAUUGGUGAUUUUCAAGUGAAGUAGUUAUGUACAAGCAGUUACAUUUCUAAGUCCUCAGAAUUUGUUCUCUUUAUGAAGUGCACAUAACCCAAGCAUUUGUAAUAAAUAUAUUUUAACCUGU